AUGUCUGAACAAAACAUCCAUCCAAAUAAAUACAGUGAAUUGCGAAGUAUGUUUGCACACCAAAUUGAUUUAUAUAUUGCGUUGCAUCAGCUAAAAACAGAAAACGAAGAAGAUUUAAACAAGAUUUACAAUACGAUCAAAACAGAAUUGAUUGAUUCAAGGAAUAUCGUCCUCAAAAAAAUUAUGAAAGAUAUUUUAUAUAUUAUUCUUUAUAAUAAUCGUUACAAAAAGUCAUAUUUGAGACUUGCCAAACUCCUAUCUGAUGAUUAUCAUAUAACAGAUGUCGGUUUUCUUACGCUCACUUCUAACUAUCUAUUUUACAAAGAAUAUGGAAUUAAAUUAGACAAGUCUGAUGAUUUCGAAAAACUUAAAUUAGAAAAUCUGGAUAUUCAUUCCAAAGAUACGAUUUACAGAGCAAUUAUGUACAAUGACCUAGAAAGAUUCAUUUCAUUCACUGAAAUAGAAGGGUUUAAUAAAAAUCAAACACUUGAAAGUAAAUUAUACCCAAAUAUUGGAAAACUUUCAUUACUUGAAUUAUGUUGUUAUCAUGGAGCAGUUGAUUGUUUCAAGUUCUUAAGAACCAAAUUUAACUCAAAGAUAACUCAAAAGUGUCUAUAUCUUUCAUUUUUAGGAGGAAAUCAAGAGAUCAUAAGUGAAUGUUUGUAA